CAAAAACACACUGAUCCACCGGCCACCGGAGGGAAACUCCUCUGUAUGUACGUUUAAAAAGUUCGAAUGCGGCGAGCAUGAACAUCAACGUUGAAGAAGGUGAUUCUACUGACCAGAAAAAAGAAGAAGAUUCUCUCUCCUCGGCCACCAAUCUAAGCAACCCUUCCCUCCCAACAGUAACCCCACCCGCAUCCACGGGUGGGGAUGUUGAUGUGGACCCACCACCACCUCUAGCGGCGGAGCAGUCACCAGCACCACAACAGAAACGACUAAACAUGGUAAUUCCGUCUAGGGACCCAGAUGCACUCGUCAGCGGCGGUGGUAUCAGCUUUCUCACUGGAAACCAAAAUGCAAGGUUCAGCUAUGGAUAUUCUAGUUUCAAGGGUAAACGGUCCUCAAUGGAGGAUUUUUAUGAGACAAGGAUAUCAGAAGUGGAUGGUCAGAUGGUUGCCUUUUUUGGUGUUUUUGAUGGUCAUGGUGGUUCCAGGACUGCAGAAUACCUUAAAAUCAACCUUUUCAAGAAUUUGAGCAACCAUCCAGAUUUCAUUAAAGACACAAAGUCUGCUAUUGGAAGAAAAAGGGCAGCAAAAGAUGCUGGAUCAACUGCAUCAACAGCUGUACUGCUAGGGGAUCGGCUGCUUGUAGCAAAUGUUGGAGACUCUAGAGUGGUUGCUUGUGUAGCUGGUGCAGCCAUUCCUAUGUCCAUUGAUCACAAACCUGAUAGAACUGACGAACGCGAAAGGAUUGAACAAGCUGGGGGUUUCAUCAUUUGGGCAGGAACAUGGCGGGUUGGCGGUGUUCUUGCUGUUUCUCGUGCAUUUGGAGACAAACUGCUUAAGAGAUAUGUGGUAGCUGAGCCAGAAAUUCAGGAAGAGGAAAUCGAUUGUGUAGAGUUUAUAAUCAUAGCAAGUGAUGGACUUUGGAAUGUCCUUUCAAAUAAGGAUGCUGUGGCUAUUGUGCAGGACAUAUCAGAUGCAGAAGCAGCAUCUAGAAAACUAAUACAAGAAGCCUAUGGAAGGGGUAGCUCCGACAAUAUAACUUGUGUAGUUGUUCGAUUUGAGAACCCAUGA